AUGUCAGCCAUACCGGCGCGAUAUGAUCCAAGAGUGGUAGUCAUACCUUGUGCUCCUGGUCGAGUACCAGAUUUGCCUGUGCAAAUCCUCUACCUCAUCGCCCAGGAACUUCCGCAGCCAAAAUCCGUCUUCAACCUCGCGAUAGCCAGCAAGGGUACUUGGGACUACCUGCAACCGGCUCUCUACCAAUGCGAAGUAACUUAUGAGGCGAGACUGAUACACAAAUAUGGCGGCGGGACCUCCGAGAAGGCCGCUCAAAGCAAUGAGCCGAGCUGCCAUGAGCAGUGCGGUGAAUGCCAGGGACGAAUCAAUCUCGAUGACAGAACCUUCGAGUCUCCGGCGCCAGAGAACUUACUUUGUACGGAUAGACGAAUCACUGCUCUGCACUGGGCUUCCAUGCAGGGAGAAUCAGCGCUUCCCGUAGCCCUGAAAGCUAUACGCUCAGCUCUUAAGCAUCAACCGUCCUACAUUGAUGCCGGCCACGUUGCGAUUCAGUACGGAAAUACCGAGGUGUUGGAGCUGCUUCUCCGAAAUGGACUGAAUAUCAAGCUGGGGAGGCUUGCUCUAAUCCACUUCGCAGUGAUGGAGGGGAACCUUGCAGCUGUGAAAGCUCUCUUGAAUCACGAUCCGAGCCUUAUUCAUAAGCGUGUGUGCCGUCAGGAUGGUUUUACACUGAUUCAAACAUUGUCAUUCAUGAAACAGAAAGCUGGGAGUGAAGACAAAUGGAACCAACAGCUCAGAGACAUGAAUUCGUAUCUGCUCGAGCGUGGCGCUGUCCUAGACGCCGAAGCCGGAAACUACGCAGUCGUAGACCUGUAUUGGAAUCAAUCAGACUUCGAGGAUGGAGAGGAACAUGACGGAGAGAAGCUGACGGCACUGCAAAUUGCUCUGAACUAUGCGCGCUACUUAAUUGCGCCGACCGACGCGCAUCGUGCUCAGGUAUUCACAGCACUACAUGCAGCCGAGGUUUUCAUCAGCAUGGGGGCUGAUUGGAGGCGACAACUUCCGUCAGACCCAUCACAGAGAGGAAUUCUGGGCCUCUGCCUCAAACGUACCGUCGAACUCUACGAGGACGUCAAUAGUGAAGAGCCUGGGCUGUUUAAGAGGGCCGGGCUGGAGUUGUGUGACGAAACCGAGAUGAGCCUUUAUCGCGAAACCAGGAGAGCAUGGGGACGGGUUCUCAAGGCUAUCGUUGAAAAUGCGGCUCUGCCCCAGGACGAGAUGGCUCUGUCGACAGCCUUCACCUGGUUGACCCACCGGUGUGGAAAUGAGGCUCAUGGUCGUACAAGGCCGUUGGUAGGCUGCUUCUUUCCACCGGGGUAA